UUUUCGACUUGUUGAGUCGGUUUAAGUAUAACCCGAUGAUAAUUAGUAUUUGAAAAAAAUCGGGAGGAUCUUCUUGAGGUAGAUUAGUGGUGUGAAAAAUCGUGGACCAAAUCGGAGAGGUCCAGGUCAUGGAUUACCCCGAUUUCGACUGGCAGAUCGAGCCCAUCCUCACUGUAGAAUCCAGCGAUUUCUCUUUGUAAUCAGUGAGAAAAAAAUUGCGCAGAUUGUUAUGGCAAUUGUAUCUUCUCAUUCGCUGCAGUAACUGUUAAUCCGUUCCUGCUUCCACUUUAUCAACACAGAGAGGGGAUAUUAUACGUGGGAGUGAUAUAUACAAACGACGCGGCAAGAGUACACCAGUAUGAAAUGAUAAUUCAGCAAGUGUCACACACAAACUGAUACAAUGGAAACAUUGUGGAUUACCGUUGUCAGUCUCUCGCUGAUAGUUGGUUAUAAAAUAUUCCAAAAAAUUUAUAACUACUAUCUAUGGCGGCGAAGAAUCAACGAAAUGCCGGGCCCCCAAGCACGGUUCCCAAUUAUCGGUGUGUCGUGGGAAAUUAUUAAUCUCAGGGAAGAAGAUCGCCUCCGAUGGUUUCACAAAAUAUCAAGUCGUUACGAAAAUGGAAUUUUCAAAAUAUGGAUUGGAGUUGAUCCAUUGGUCCAUAUCACAACACCUGAAUACGCUGAGAUCAUUCUCCGGAGUACAAAACAUAUCGACAAAUCGAUGGUGUAUGAAUACAUAGAGCCAUGGUUGGGAAAAGGUUUAUUGACAUCAUCAGGAGAAAAAUGGUUUCACGAUCGAAAAUUGAUAACACCGGCUUUUCAUUUUGGUAUUCUUGAGGAUUUCGCUGAGGUGAUUGUAGAAAAAGCUGCAAUAUUAAAUAAACGGUUGAGGGAGCAGGUACAAUUGCAUGGUCAGGAGCCAUUCGAUGUAUUCAAUAUGACUGGGAAAUGUGCACUGGAUAUUAUCUGUGAAACUGCAAUGGGUGUGAACGUCGAUGCCCAGAGCCAGGUUGAGAAUGAAUACAGUCGAGCUGUUGAAUGUAUAUCAAAAAACGUGGUGAAUCGCAUGAUGCGGCCCUGGUUGAAACUAGACUGGAUUUACUACCGGACAAAGGGGGGGAAACAAUUCAAGGCAGCUAUCGAAACAACGCAUAGGAGAAGUACGCAGGUGAUUGAGCAGAAAAGAGCUGAGAGACAAGAAAAGUCGACAAUCGUUGGUGAUAAUCAGGAUGCAAACGAAGAAAUAAAAACCAAGAAAAGGCGAGCAUUCUUGGAUUUAUUGCUCGAGGCCAGCGAAAAUACCGUAAGACCGUUAACUAUCGAAGAAAUACGAGAGCAAGUCAACACUUUUAUGUUUGCGGGUCAUGACACAACAGGGGCACUCAUGAGUUGGGCCUUAUUCUGCAUCGGAAAUGAUGAGAAAGUUCAGAGUAAAAUUCAUGAAGAGUUGGAUGAGGUUUUCGGUGACUCGGAUGAGCCAGUCACUACGAAACAAGUUCAUCAGUUGAAAUAUCUGGACAGAGUUAUAAAAGAAGUCCUGAGAAUGUUUCCGAGUGCAACAGCUGUCAGCCGAAGUUUGUCUGAGGAUUUACAAAUGGGUCCCUAUACGAUACCCGCAGGAUGUAUACUGACGUUGCAAAUUUAUCACCUCCAUCGUAAUCCAAAGCACUGGCCAAACCCAACGCACUUCGAUCCUGAUCGGUUUCUGCCGGAAAAUUCAACAAAUCGACAUCCGUAUAGUUGGAUACCUUUCAGUGGUGGUCCACGAAAUUGUAUUGGUCAGAAAUUUGCCUUACUGGAGGCUAAAAUUGUGCUGACCGAAAUAUUCCGAAAAUGGAGGGUUGAGAGUCGCGAUAAUCAUGAUAAUAUUAAGUUAUAUACAGCGAUUAUAUUGAGACCCUGUGAUGGCAUUUACAUGAACUUUUAUCCACGAAGUCGUUUGUAGCUAUCUCAUCCACGUGGGGCUCGAAAAUUUAGAUUUUUUCAAAUGAAUUUUGUGUAAACAAUUUGGGAAAAAUUGUGUAGUUAGAAUUAACGAAUGAUAUUUUAUUAUAAAUGAGUAAACAAUAGAAGUUGGUUGGGAGGAAUUUUCUUAAUGUGUUUAAUAAAAAUUCCUAAAACAAUUUAUAGACAUAUUAUUAAUUAAAAAUAAAUAGGUUAUUGAAUACAUUAUAACAAUAUCACGUAAUAACCAACGCUCUUGGCAUCCCUUCCAGGGUUCCAAAUUAUGAAAAUACUCGAUUUUCAACGCAAAUACUUCAACAACAAUUCAAGAUAGACGUAGCAACAAAUGUAUGCGAAAGAAUAAAUGAGAAUAAAAUAUCUACAAAAUA